UCUCUUCUGUCACAUCUAAGGCUUGCAUCUUCAAACCAAACUGUGAUGUGGAGAAAGAGUUUUCUUGUGUUUCUUCUCUCUUAUUGGGCUCUAAAAGCUGCACUGGAUAGUGAGAAAACGACAGAAACAAACACUUGUUUUCCAGAAUUCACUUCUCCAUGUUUGGACUCAAAAACGAAUGUAAUCAUCAAGGGUCAAAAUGUAUCUCUAAUUUGUUCCAACCAGAACAAAUCACUACAGAUCACCUAUAGUUUGUUUCGGCAUAAUAAAUACCUAACAAGCAGGUGUGGGAAAGGUGAACCCGUGACUUUUAACCUAAGCAUCACAGAAGACCAGGAGUUGGGACCCUACAAAUGCAAAGCCGAAGUUUCCAACUGUACAAAAUACAGUCGCGAGUUUAACUUCACAUUUGCCGACCCAGUGACCACACCAGUGCUGAAUGUUACAGUUGUUCAAACAAAACCGGACCUAUAUAUGACACUACACUGCAUCACAUUCAAUGGCUCUCUGCCCAUCAGUUAUACUUUCUUUGCAAAAGGCAUCGCCAUAUCACCCGUUAUUUCCACGUACAAAAGGGAGCCUGCAGAAUUUAAUUUAACCAAGAACAACAUUGGAGAAGUGGAAGAGUAUAGCUGUGAAGCUAAAAACAGUGUGCCUAACCGUGCAAAAUACAGUCAAACCUUCCGCAUGCCCUCAAGAGGUGGAGACAGCUGUCCUUUGUGCCUGCAGUUACUGCUUCCGGGGUUAUUACUGGUGCUAGUCGUAAUAAUCCUAAUUCUGGCAUUUUGGAUACUACCAAAGUACAAAGCAAGAAAAGCUAUGAGAGAUAAGGUGCCCAGACACCCUGGAGAUACACCCAUGGAAGGUGGAAUAUAUGCAAAUAUCUAUGAAAAUCAAGCAGAUAAGGAGUCUGUGCCAGACUUGGAACCAAGGCCAUGUGUUUCCACAGCCCAAGACGAAACCGGACACUCCGAGGAGGUGCAUUACGCCACCCCCAUAUUCCAGGAGGUGACACCAAAAGAUCGCGAAGCCUGUAAUGGUGGGAAAACUGGAUAUGUCUAUUCUGAUAUCAUCUUCUGAAAUUUAAGCUACAAACUACAUCUCAGGAUUUUCUUACAAUUUGGAGACCAGAGAACUACUGCUGCUACUGUUACAGUUGCUGCCUGUGUCACAAUUGCCUCACUCCCGGAAGCUGGAGCCCAGAAAGGGGAACAUGGACUUUGCCACAGCAGACAUUUGCUUCUCAGCGAAAACCACCACCUCCCUCCCUUCCACUGUCCCACACGUGUGCAUCUAAAUUGCUGGAUGAUAUUCACAGCCAUUCCCUGGCAGUAGGGGAAUUGUAACAUUGAUAGGUUUCUGACCUACCAUAUAGGAGGGUUAUAAUGUGAUUUAUGAGAGCCAUACAAAAUAUCUACCACACUAGCCCAAAUACCAAUC